GGUUGUUCAAUAUUGCUGUAUUUCAUAUUGUUCUCGAGCUGAACCAGUGAGAUUGUGAGAAAACGCUUACGGAGUGAGAAUAUGACUAAAACACGCAUCUUCCUCCUGUCUGUUACACUUGUACUGUGUUUCCACUACUUAUUCUACUAUGGUAUUGGAUUACAGUGGUUUCGGGAUUUCCUUAUAUGGGAAGAUGCAUACACAUGGUCAGGAUCAAAUUUAGUGGAGAUAGUGGUUAUAUCGGUCCAUCUCCUCUCAGCUUUUCUCCUGUUGGCUGUUGGCUACGUUGAUGAGGGACCUGAGAUACUUCAUACCCCUACUGAGAGACCAUUUGGGAGGAGGACCAAAAAGGUCGAAGCUGAGAACGUUAGGCCAUUUUUUGAAAAUUAUUCUCCGAAUUUGGCAGUUAAAAUAAAAAGUGUUGCAGUGUGCAGAACUCCCCUAUCUGGUCCAUUUAGCGGUUCCAUUUUGCAGCAACAAGACCUUUCUGUGGAUUUCCAUGCUUCUGUAACUAUGGUAUCUAGUGAUGGGUUGUGUUGGGCUGUUGAUAAGAUGGCAGACGGAUUAUGGGUGAGUUGUGGUGAAAGUAUUGACUCUGUGAUUUACUUUGACGGAGUAAAACGCCCAGAACCUGUAAUAAGACUAAUUAUGGACGAGUCAACUUCUUCACUUGGUGAUGUGGUUGGCUGGCUGGAACACAAAUUGCCGAAAAAUACAUACUAUCCUUAUGAAAGCAACUGCCAACACUUUGCUAAAGAAAUCUUUGAUAAGUUUGCAGAGAAGAAAAGUUGGAAGUUGGAUACCAUCACUGAUGUAAGAAGACUAAUUGGGUGGAGGACUAAAAAGGUCGAAGCUGAGAACGUUAGGCAAUUUUUUGAAAAUUGUUCUCAGAAUUUGGAUGUUAACCUAGAACGUGUUGCAGUCUGCAGCACUCCCUUAACUGGUCCAUUUAGCAGUUCUACACAAGGUUUCUGCGAUUACUUGCAGCAACAAUACCUUUCUUUCGACUACCAUGCUUUUGUAAUUGCGGAAUCUAUUGAUGGGAUGUGCUGGGCUGUUGAUAAGAUGACAGACGGAAUAUACGUGAGUUGUAGUAAAAGUCGUGACUCUGUUGUGUUUUACUUUAACGGAGUAAAACGCCCAGAACCUGUAAAAAGACUAAUUAUGGACAAGUCAACUUCUUCACUUGGUGAUGUGGUUGGUUGGCUGGAACGCAAAUUGCCGAAAAAUACAUACAAUCCUCUUGAAAGCCAGUGCCAACACUUUGCUAAAGAAUUCUUUGAUAAGUUUGCAAAGGUAGAAAGUUGGAAGUUCGAUACCAUCAUUGACUGGACAAGCCCAUUGAAAUACCUUAGUAAAGUUGGGUUCGAUGGACUACUGCGGUUGCUAGGCGUUGUAAUUGUUUACUACGAUGUAUAUCUUCUGUUCAAGGAGAGCACAGAGGAUGAGGUAAACCACUACCAGUAUAUAGGGUAUCCAGUGAUUCUUUAA